GUUUUAUCUGUGUACGACAUUUCUUGAAUCAAAAUUCAAUAAUAGUGGAAAAGUGGCUGCAAUACAAAGCACGCGUCUGCGCUGAUUGUGUCCCAUUUUGUAAUGGGAAUUGGUCCAGAGUCGGUGAAGCUGAGAGAGCGCUUCCGCCAUGGAUAUCACUGUUACUAAAUUAAUAGUUUUAUUCGCCCUUAUCGUAGGAAUAUCAGCUAAUGGAGAAAAAAUACCGCUGGGUGCAAUUUUCGAACAAGGAACAGACGAUGUCCAAACAGCAUUCAAAUUCGCGAUGCUGCAACACAACCAAAAUGUCACCGGAAGAAAAUUUGAAUUCCAGGCCUACGUGGAUGUCAUUAACACAGCGGAUGCCUUCAAAUUGUCUAGGCUGAUUUGCAAUCAGUUCUCCAGAGGAGUGUAUUCCAUGUUGGGAGCCGUCUCUCCGGAUUCAUUCGACACAUUUCACUCCUACAGCAACACCUUCCAGAUGCCCUUCGUCACCCCCUGGUUUCCCGAAAAGGUGUUAGCUCCAUCUUCAGGUUUCCUGGAUUACGCUAUUUCCAUGAGACCUGAGUACCAUCAGGCUAUCAUAGACACUGUCAAGUACUACGGAUGGAAAAGAAUAAUAUAUCUGUAUGAUUCGAACGAUGGCUUGCUUCGGCUGCAACAAAUCUACCAGUCGCUCAGUCCAGCAAGUGAGACUUUUCAAGUAACAACAGUUAGAAGAAUUAGCAACGCAAGCGAAGCCCUGAACUUUCUUAAAGGAUUGGAGGCACAGUCGCGAUGGCAGAACAAAUAUGUGGUACUAGACUGUACCGCAGAUAUGGCGAAGGAGAUUGUGGUUGGACAUGUGAGGGAUAUAGGUCUUGGUCGAAGGACCUACCACUACCUACUUUCUGGACUGGUUAUGGAUGACCGAUGGGAAAGUGAAGUAGCAGAGUAUGGUGCUAUGAAUAUUACUGGCUUCCGGAUAGUGGAUAAUACCAAAAAGCACGUCAGACAUUUUCUGGAAGGGUGGAGAAAUCUUGAUCCUCUGACAUCACUAGGAGCCGGUAAAGAUAGCAUUUCGGCACAAGCUGCUUUAAUGUACGACGCAGUAUUUGUCCUGGUCGAAGCCUUCAAUAAAUUGUUAAGGAAGAAACCGGACGUAUUUAGAAAUAGUUUUAGGAGAGCUCCAUACAAUAGUACGACCAAAGCUUUGGAUUGCAAUGUGAGCGGAGGAUGGGUGACGCCUUGGGAACAUGGAGAUAAAAUAUCGAGGUUUUUGAGGAAGGUAGAACUGGAAGGACUCUCCGGUGAAGUCCGUUUCAGCGAGGAAGGACGUAGGCAGAAUUAUACCCUUCACGUCGUUGAGAUGACCGUGAACAGUGCCAUGGUGAAGGUGGCGGAAUGGAGUGAUGAGUCAGGAUUUACGCCUGUAUCCGCGAAAUACACCAGGCCAAAGUCCACCCUUCACAUAGAAAGGAAUAAAACUUACAUCGUUACUACGAUUGUGGAAGAGCCUUACAUCAUGCUAAGAAUUCCAGAACCUGGGGAGAUUCUUUUGGGGAACGACCGCUUUGAGGGUUACUGCAAAGAUUUAGCGAACCUGAUAUCUAAGAAACUUCUAAUAAACUACGAACUGAGAAUUGUCAAAGAUGGUCAGUAUGGAGCUGAAAAUCAUGAUGUUAGUGGAGGAUGGGAUGGUAUGGUUGGAGAACUAAUACGUCAGGAAGCUGACAUGGCCAUAGCCCCGAUUACGAUAACAUCGGAAAGAGAGCGGGUGAUAGACUUCAGCAAACCAUUCAUGUCACUGGGCAUCUCCAUUAUGAUCAAGAAGCCGAUGAAGCAGAAGCCGGGUGUCUUCAGCUUCUUAAACCCCUUGUCCAAGGAGAUAUGGGUGAGCGUCCUAUUCGCCUAUGUCGGCGUGAGCAUCGUUUUAUUUGUCGUCUCAAGAUUCUCACCGUACGAGUGGAGACUGCUCCAUUUCACAGGAGAGCACAGGUAAUUGUAGUUACCUCAGUACAUGUUCUUAUAAACUGUUACUAUUGGUUUCAGUGAUCCGCCCAGUCAAAACACGAACCAAGGUGGAACCAUGGCGAACGACUUCACCAUGUUAAACUCCUUGUGGUUUUCUUUGGGGGCGUUUAUGCAGCAAGGGUGCGACAUCUCACCCAGAUCCAUAUCUGGUAGGAUAGUAGGGGCGUGUUGGUGGUUUUUUACUCUCAUACUCAUAUCCAGUUAUACUGCCAAUUUGGCGGCUUUUCUUACUGUGGAACGAAUGGUCGCACCUAUCAAUUCCGCUGAAGACUUGGCGUCGCAAACGGAAGUGGAGUAUGGGACACUGUAUCAUGGAGCAACAUGGGAUUUUUUUAGAAGGUCGCAGAUCUCGCUGUAUUCGAGAAUGUGGGAAUUCAUGAAUUCCAGGAAACACGUGUUCGUCAGUUCAUACGACGAGGGAAUCAAGAGGGUCCGGACGUCGAAGGGCAAGUACGCGCUGCUCAUAGAAUCGCCUAAAAAUGAUUACAUCAACGAGAGGGAGCCCUGCGACACCAUGAAGGUCGGCACGAAUCUGGAUGCGAAGGGGUUUGGGAUCGCUACUCCUCUGGGAUCGCCCCUUAGGGACGCCAUAAAUUUGGCGGUGCUGAGCUUGAAGGAAGACGGGGAACUAACCAAAUUAAAGAAUAAGUGGUGGUACGACAGGACGGAGUGUCUACGCGACAAACAGGAUGCGUCUAGAAGUGAACUGUCCCUAAGCAACGUCGCGGGAAUAUUUUAUAUCCUCAUAGCGGGACUCUUCAUAGCUAUGGCCGUAGCCGUCCUCGAAUUCUGCUACAAAUCCCACUCGGAAGCGAAGCGGGCUAAGAUUCCUUUGGGCGACGCCAUGAAGGCCAAAGCCAGGCUGACGAUAGGCGUCGGGACGGAUUUCGACAACGGAAGGUACUACACGCCGGCCAAUCAAGCAGGACCUAACGAGCAGGAACAAGCUCACAGCAACACCCACACGCAAGUUUGAAAAUGAGUCCUAGGACUUUCGUCAUAACCAUCAAUUUCAUCGUGUUUGUCCGGUACGAAGUAAGAGUUACUGUCUUUAAUGCGGUAUAAAGAUACUAUAACCAUGAUAAGCGGAAGCUAUCAAAAAUAAUUUUUUGAUAUUUACGUUUUUUGAAAACAUUGGCUAUAU